AUGGCGACAGAGAGCGACAAGACCCUUGCUCUCCGCAUUAUUAACCAGGCGAAACUCGGGCAUCCAGAUCUUCCUUUAGUAGAAAGCUUUCUCCACGAUGCUAUAGAUGGCGAUCAGGCUGCGAGAUAUUUGUUGCAAACAUGUACGGAUGACACAACAGGUGCAAAGUUCUCCCGAUUUGUGGAAGAUUGGAAGGCUUUGGUGAAACAGUUCUAUGUUGAAAAUCCUCGUUCAGACUAUCUGGAUAGCACAACAAGGAGAACUAUUGCACAGCGAGAUGAUUACAGAUGCUGUAUAACGGGAAAACGAGGUCGAUUCUGGAACAGCUGGGAUGUGUUUCCUAUCAUUCCUCUGACCGCAUUUUAUAUACGAGAACGACGGCUGUAUGAUAUACUCGCUGCAUUUACCACUCCUUCUCAUCGAGAUCUACUAUUAUCCACCAAAGAGGGAAAUGAGAAGGAUUUCAUUCGAAACCACUGGACCCUGAGCAAGGAAGCGGCAGAGGUUUUUUCAAGAGGGGAGAUUAGGCUUGAGAGCUUGGGUGCAACAAAGUACGAUAUCCGCUACAACAGCAUUGGCGGCAAACCCCCAGCCAUUUAUACAUCGGAGCGACCGUUGAAUUGGCGAUGCGACCUAUACGACCACACAAACUCUAGCAUUGACAGUCCUGACCCGCAACUUCUUCAGAUCCAUUGCCGGCUUUCGAGAGCCCUCAAAUGGACUAGCAUUGCUGAUAAUAUGAAGCGCAAUCCACACCGCCCACCUCGGAUUCAGAAGACGACUAGUACACACCUCACACGAGCUAUCGCCAAAGGUUUCCUCGCAGUUUGGUUAAAAUUCCCGGGCGUGAUUCGAUUGCAGGCAUACAAACUUUUGAGGGCAGCUGGGUCAUACCUAUAUGGAUCGACUACCAUGGCGGUUCAAAGAUUGCCAUUUGGGAUGUACCUGAAGCAUGGUCCAGAAAUUUACUCAGAAGGACAUGCCGGAGAGUUCAAUGCUCUAAGGCUUGUUCGCAGCCGUACUUCGAUUCCGGUCCCAUAUCCGAUUGAUCUGAUUUCAUCGGCCACCGACUCAUUUUUGGUCACAUCACGAAUGGAAGGAGAGCCGGCUGGUCUCUGUAUAGACGAAUGUAGUGAUGAAGAGAUGAGUCUGAUGGCUCAAGAUCUGCGGUCAUGGAUUGCAGAAUUACGUGCCAUAAAAGCGUUGACAGGUUCAAGUCACGCUAUCUCAAACGCAUCUGGAGGCGCCUGUCUUGAUUAUCGGAUAAGUUCAGAACCAGUGGGUCCUUUCCACAACGAGAAGGAAUUCAGCGAAUCUUUGCGUCUUGGGAUACUUCCUAACCUAGUACAUCGCGAUGAUCAUCAAAUCGUGUUCACCCAUGCAGAUUUGAAUCUGAGAAAUAUCUUGGUGAAAGACGGCAGGAUCUCUGGGAUUGUUGAUUGGGAGAAUGCAGGGUGGUAUCCCGAAUAUUGGGAGUAUACGAAAUGCUAUUUUGGUGUGAGGCUCACUCAAAGAUGGUUGAGGAUGGUGGACACAGUUUUCGAAAACAAAUAUGGGGAGGAACUGGAGAUUGAGAGACAAUAUUGGCCAUACGUUUGCCCUUUCUAAUUUAAUUGAGGCGUCGAGGCCCAUCUUAUGAUUAGGAUACAUUUGCUACAUCUUUGUGUUAUCGAGUUGGUCAAGCUGGCAUUGCGUCCAACGAAAACUAUCUAUUUCAGCUCUGUUCAACCC